AUGGACCCAGGGCUCCAGCAAGCAUUCAACCCACUGGCCCCUUCUCAAGACACAGCCAUGCAUGUGCCCGCAGGCUCCGUCACCAGCCACCUGGGAACCUCCAGCCGCGGUUACUUCUAUUUCACCACGGCCUCGCUGGCUCUGUGUCUCGUCUUUGCCGUGGUGACCAUUAUGGUGCUGGUAGUUCAGAAGACGGACUCCAUUCCCGACCCACCAGGCAAAUUUCACCUUAAAGGAGGGAACUGCUCAGAGGACUUAUGUAUCCUGGAAAGGGCUCCGUUCAAGAAGUCAUGGGCCUACCUCCAAGUGUCAAAGCAUAUAAACAAAACCAAGUUGUCUUGGAACAAAGACGGCAUCAUCCAUGGAGUCCGCUAUCAUGAUGGGAACCUGGUGAUCCAGUUCCCUGGUUGGUACUUCAUUAUUUGCCAACUGCAGUUUCUUGUGAAAUGCCCGGAACAUUCUGUUGACCUGAAGUUGGAGCUUCUUAUCAAUGAAAAUGUCAAAAAGCAGACACUGGUGACAGUGUGUGAGUCUGGGGUGCAAACCAAAAGCAUAUACCAGAACCUCUCUCAAUUCUUGCUGGAGCACCUCCAGGUCAAUACCACCAUAUCAGUCAACGUGGAUAAAUUCCAGUACGUGAAUACAAACACCUUUCCUCUUGAGAAUGUGUUGUCCAUCUUCUUAUACAGCAGCUCAGACUGA